AUGGCUGAAGCACUUAUUUCCCAGAUCCUGGGACAACUGAUCUCAGUCACUAGCCAACAAAUAGCAGAGAACGUGAAAUCGGUGGUGAGUGUUGAAAAACAAGUUGAAAAGCUCACAAGCAAUCUACAAGCCAUUCAAACUGUCCUUGAGGAUGCAGAGAAGAGACAAGUCAGAGAAGCCAGUGUGAAACGUUGGCUAGAUAAGCUCAAAGACAUGUCCUAUGAGAUGGAAGACUUAUUGGAUGAAUGGAGCACUGCGAUUCUGAAAUCACAGAUUGACAAAAACAAAGACAAAGUCGAAAAUGAUGACAACAACGAUCUUCUUCUAGCUCCCAAGAAGGUGAGCUCCUUUCCUAUCUCUUUCUUGUCUUUGAAUCCAGUUAGUCAACUUAGUCGGGCUAGUCAUCGUCCUGGUAUUGCUAAGAAGAUAAAAGUAAUAAAUGGAAAACUAGAUGUGAUUGCAAAAGAGAAAGAUAGGUAUGACUUUAACUCCAUUAGAGCUCCUCAACAACCUGACCGUGACAGACAACAAACUUGUUCAUUUCUAGAUGUAUCAGAGAUACGAGGUAGAGACCAAGACAAGGAAACCUUAGUGAGAAAGUUAUUAAUACUAUCCGAGAGUGGUCAAACUCAAGGUCAACAAGAAGGAAAUGUUAAUAACAAGCUCCAUAUAGCCUCUAUAGUAGGCAUGGGAGGAAUUGGAAAGACAACUCUGGCCCAACUAGCCUACAAUGAUGAAGAGGUGAAAGCCCAUUUUGACAUGAGAAUAUGGAUUUGUGUCUCUGACCCUUUUGAUGAGAUUAGGAUUGCCAAAGCAAUAGUUGAACAAGUUGGACAAUCGGGUCCGAGUUUAGUUGAACUGGAAAGUGUCCUGCAAAACAUGUGUAAAUCCAUUAAGGAAAGGAAGCUCCUUAUUGUCCUAGAUGAUGUGUGGGUUGAGGAUUACAAAAAGUGGGAGCCUUUGAAACAUUGUCUUCAGCAUGGUGCUCAAGGAAGCACAAUUUUGGUGACCACACGUAAGGAAAGAGUAGCACAGAUGAUGGGAAGCUCAUGUAUGUUCCAGCUGCAGAAUUUGUCUGAGGGGGACACUUGGUGGUUGUUUAGUCAGUUGGCAUUUCUUGGAAGGGCUAGUGAAGAGUGUGAAACAUUAGAAGAAAUUGGCAAGAAGAUUGUUUCCAAGUGUAAGGGUCUGCCUCUUGCUGCAAAAACUCUAGGGUCACUCAUGCGUUUUAGAAGAACUAAAGCAGAGUGGCAGAAUGUUCUGGAUAGUGAGAUUUGGGAAUUGGAAGAGGCUGAAAAGGGCCUUCUACCUCCUCUAUUGUUUAGCUUAUAUGAUUUGCCCUCUGCAAUAAGACGGUGUUUCUUAUUUUGUGCCGUCUUUCCCAAAGAUUAUGAAAUAAAGAAGGAUGUUUUGAUCAAAUUGUGGAUGGCACAAGGUUAUCUCAGCUCCUCGCGAAGUAGAGAGAUGGAAGUAACUGGUCAGGAGUACUUUGAAAGCCUAGCUGCACACUCUUUGUUCCAGGAUUUCAUAAAAGAUGAUGAUGGUAGCAUAAUACAGUGCAAGAUGCAUGACAUAGUUCACGACUUUGCACAAUUUCUUACAAGAAACGAAUGUGUUAUCAUGGAGGUUGACAGUAAAAAAAAGCCAAGCAUGGAUGCAUUCUACAAAAAGGUUCGUCACUUAACCUUGACAUGUGCAUCAGAUGCGCAAAUGCCCGUCUUCAAUUACAAUGCAGUGAAUUCACGCACUCUCUUGAAUCUGGCCGAAGACAUUGCUCUACCUCAUUUAUUCGAUAAUUUGACACGGCUUAGGGCAUUAGAUUUAAAUGCUGCUGCAAUUAAAGAAGUUCCUGUCAAGGUACGCAACUUGAUGCAUUUAAGAUACCUUAACUUGAGUAAAAACACUAGAUUGCAUGAAUUGCCUGAAGCAGUGUGUGAUUUGAGCAAUUUGGAAUCCCUGAUCCUUAAUUGGUGUCAAAGCCUCAAGAGACUACCUCAAGGGAUUGGGAAACUUAUCAACUUGAGGCAUCUUGAGCUUGAAGAGACCUCAAAUCUAAGGAAGUUUCCUAAAGGAAUUGGAAAAUUAAGUUCUCUUCGAACAUUGAGCAAGUUCAUUGUGAGAGGCGAUGGUGUUAAAAAGGCAUGUAAUAUGGUACUGUUAAAAAAUAUGAAACACCUCCAAGGGAUUCUUUACUUGGAUGGGCUAGAAAAUUUGAUAAGUGGGGGUGAGUCUAAGAAAGCAGAAUUGAAGAACAAGAAAAACCUUUUGGGUUUGAGGCUGGAUUUCUAUGGUCAGAAAAGAGAGGGAGGAAUUCACAAUGAUGAUGAUGAUGAUGAUGAUGUAAUUGAAGAAUUGCAGCCAAAUCCAAAUCUGGCAUCCUUACACAUACUCUACUACCAAGGCACUAGGUUGCCAAGUUGGAUAAUGAUGUUAACCAACAUGAGAGAGCUUAUACUCAAAAAUUGUGAAAACUGUGAGAAUUUGCCUCCUUUGGGAAAUCUCCCUUCCCUUGAGUUACUAGAAAUAUGGUAUAUGUAUCAUGUAAAGACCAUGGGCCAUAGAUUUUUGGGGGUGGAUGCACAUGAUAGCAUUCCAAACACAGAUGAUGUACUAACCACAUCUACAAAAAUUGCAUUCCCAAAACUGAAGAGACUCGGGUUUUUUGGCCUGACAGAGUGGGAAGACUGGUAUGACUGGACAAGCUGGAGAGAAGAUUGUUUGAUAAUGCCGAGACUCAGUUGCUUGACAAUUGAAUGCUGCCCCAAGCUAAAGGCACUGCCACACCUCAUUCAGACUGCACCUAUACAAGUAACUAUCAGAGAGUGUCCUAUACUUGAGACAAUGCUGCCACAAGGAGAGAGGAGAGGAUUGGGCCAAGAUAUCUCAUAUCCCAAUCAAAUUUGA